AUGAUUGGCAAAGAAGGUGGUGUGUUGAAGGCAUGGGAGGCGACGGUGAAGAAAACACACGCCGUUGCGAAAAAGCGUGCCAACAGCAUAUUUGGGACAAUAACUAUUGGGCACGUAGAAGAAGAUCAUCAUCAAGAAAACCACCACAACAAUGGUAGUAAUCGUGUUGCAGAAGAGAAUGGGAGCUCUGAGCCAUUGGAAGUUUACCAUGAAGAGAAGUUUCUCCCCAAUGGAGACUACUACACAGGGGAAUGGGCAGAGAGUUUUCCACACGGGUUUGGCAAGUACCUAUGGUUAGAUGGGUGCAUGUAUGUUGGAGACUGGUACAAGGGAAAGAAAACAGGAAGAGGAACAUUCAGUUGGCCUUCUGGGGCUACCUACGAAGGCGAAUUCAAGAACGGUUUUAUGGAUGGGACAGGAGUUUAUACAAGUGCCAAUGGGGACACCUACAAGGGUCAAUGGGUGAUGAACUUAAAACAAGGCCAUGGAUUCAAGAGCUUCUCCAAUGGGGAUUGGUAUGAUGGGGAUUGGAAGAAGGAUGUGACAGAAGGGAAAGGGAGGUAUGAAUGGAAGGAUGAGAGUCAUUAUUUUGGGGAAUGGAAGAAUGGGGUUAUUAGUGGAAAAGGGGUGUUUGUUUUUCAUAAUGGGAAUAAGUUUGAAGGGCAUUGGGAAGAUGGGGUUCCAAAAGGGACAGGAACAUUCAAGUGGCCUGAUGGAUGUUACUAUGCUGGCAAUUGGAGUAGGGAUGGUAGGGAUCAGGAUGGAACAUACCAUCCAUCUGAGUCCUUGGAUGAGGAGGAAGAUGGCCAUUGUCAUGCUCAUUGGGAGCCCUCUGAAUUGUACACUGCUUUGAGUUAUUAUAGAGUUGGUCGCGGCGAGAAGGUUCCGGUUUUGCCAUCACAGAAGAAGCUUGCCAUUUGGAGGUCUUCCAAGGGAGGGGAGAGUGGUAAGCCUAGGAGGAUGUCGGUCGAUGGCAGGGUCAGUCUUGGCUCGGAUAGAUCAAGUGAUAGGUGGCAUGAUGGUGGGGAUGGUGAAGCCCCCAUACCUCCUCCUCCUAAAACUCCUCCCAAGGCAGCCACUGAUUUGGAUGAUGAAUUGAUGAACAUACCGAUAGAGGAUGAAACCACUGGACCCCUCAAACCUCUUAAAGCUCCUAAGAAAGCAAAGAGACAGGGAGAGACUAUAUGCAAAGGCCACAAAAAUUAUGAGCUCAUGCUUAAUUUACAACUAGGAAUAAGGCACUCUGUUGCAAGACCUGCUCCCUCAGCAUCACUUGAUCUGAAGCCUUCAGCUUUUGAUCCAAAGGAGAAAGUGUGGACAAGAUUUCCACCUGAAGGAUCCAAGUACACGCCACCGCAUCCAUCAGCCGAAUUUAAGUGGAAGGAUUACUGUCCAGUAGUUUUUAGGGCUCUUAGGAAGCUAUUCAAGGUGGAUCCAGCUGAUUACAUGUUAUCCAUAUGUGGAAAUGAAGCUCUUCGCGAACUUUGCUCCCCUGGAAAAAGUGGAAGCUUCUUUUACUUGACGAAUGACGACCGCUACAUGAUUAAGACAAUGAAGAAAGCUGAAGUAAAAGCUCUCUUGAGAAUGCUUCCUGCCUACUACACUCAUUUUCGAACCUAUCAAAGUACAAUGGUGACAAAGUAUUAUGGUUUGCAUUGUGUCAAAUUAACUGGACAUAUCCAAAGGAAGGUUCGAUUUAUCAUAAUGGGAAACCUUUUCCGUUCUAAAUAUAACACCCAUAGACGCUAUGAUCUUAAGGGAUCUUCGCUUGGUCGGACAACCGAUAAGCCUGAGACUGAGAUCAGUGAAACAACUAUCCUUAAGGAUCUUGAUCUAAACUUUAUAUUCCGGCUGCAACCGUCUCGAUUUGAAGAAUUCUGCAGUCAAAUUGAUAGAGACUGUGAGCUUCUAGAACAGGAGGGAAUUAUGGACUAUAGUUUGUUAGUAGGUAUUCAUUUCAGACAUAUAUCACCAGAUGGGGAACUUGUUCCUUGUGGAUCUGAGAAUCUUAUUGGUAAAUUUCUUAUUUCAACACUGUCUUCAUUUCAAAAUAACUGGUGCAGUGCCUUAUUAGGUGUGAAUAUGCCAGCAAGAGUUGAAAGGACAGUGAGAAAACGAAGUAGUGAAUUACAACUUGUAGGGGAACCCAUUGGAGAGUACUAUGAUGUAAUAUUACAUUUUGGAAUCAUAGACAUACUUCAAGACUAUGACAUCAGCAAGAAGCUUGAACAUGCCUACAAGUCCAUUCAAUAUGAUUCAACCUCAAUAUCAGCUGUUGAUCCAAGACUAUACUCGAGGCGCUUUCGCGACUUCAUCCUUAGAAUAUUCACCGAAGACUCUUCCUGA